UAUUUACAAUCUGUAAUAUUAUUUUAUACUAUAUUUUACUAAGUAAAUUUGGUAGCUUAAAAUAUACAACAAAAUGAAAAAAAAUGUAAGAAGGAGUCCUACCAUUGUUAAAACCCUCUGAUAUGUAAUACUUAUACGCUAAUAAAACUUAAUAAUAAGAAACAAAUAAUCACAUUACAUACAUUAAUGGGUUAAGGUUUUUUAGUACCAAAAAUUAACAUAUCAUAGACCAUUUUUUAUCAGAAAAUAAAAACAUUAUGCGUCACCUAAUAAUAGUUUGUUUCAUAAUGAUCAAUACUAUUAGAUAAGAUAAGGAAGGCAAUUGAAGCUUCGAUCUGUCUUGCAACGUAUAUGAGAUCAGUAAUUAUUAUACUAUUAUCAAUACAGUAUACAGAUAACAGACACGGGUACGGAAAAUAAAAUAACACAAUAAGCAAAAUGGCAUUAAGUAGACGUAAUAUAAUGUAAAAAUAAGAAGAAAAAUCAAAGAAAAACUUCAAAAUAAUAAUAACUUAACAGUUAUUUUAAUGUAUAAUAUUGAUGACACGCGUAUUACAUUAUGUACAGGUUAAUAUCAGAUGUUGAUAAAAAGGUACAACGGCCUCAGCAUCCAAGGGAAAAUGCAAAUAUUUUUGAAAUCAUUUCAUACAGCUGGAUGUUAAAUCUGUUCAAAACAGGACGAAAAAGAGAUUUAGAAGAAGAUGAUUUGUAUAAGACAUUAAACGAUCACACUUCAUCAUUAUUGGGAAACGAAUUAGAGAAUAAAUGGAAUUUAGAAUUGACAAGUGCAUUUAAGCGGGAGCAAAAACCCAGCUUGACGAGAGCCUUGAUUCAAAUGUCUGCUGCUCGAUAUAUGUUUUAUGGUUUUUUACUGUUCAUUGAUAAAAUUAUAUUGAAAAUGUCUCAACCGCUAUUUAUUGGAGGAAUAUUAGCGUAUUUCAAUCCAGUUGGUCCCGACAAAGCUGACUUAGGAUAUGCAUACAUGUGUGCAUUUGGCCUAGUGUUUAGCAUGUUCACUUCGAUGGUCUUGCAAAAUGUAACACUUAUAGAAAUAUUACAUUGCGGUAUGAAAAUGCGAAUCGCUUGCUGUUCGAUGAUAUUUAGAAAAUCGUUACGUCUGAGUAACACUGCUAUUGGUGAAACCACGGUCGGUCAAGUGAUAAAUUUAUUAUCCAAUGAUGUAAAUCGGUUCGAUAGAGCUGCGACAUUUCUUCACUACUUAUGGAUCGGUCCCCUACAAUCAAUUGUGGUCACGUAUUUUUUGUGGCAGGAAAUAGGCGUAUCUUCAUUAUUGAGCAUUGCUGUCAUGAUUUUAAUAAUUCCAUUUCAAGGAUGGCUUGGGAAAAAAAUUGCCGAAAAUCGACUGAAAACAGCCAAAACAACCGACGAGAGAAUACGUUUAAUGAAUGAAAUCAUUUCUGGCAUUAAAGUAAUUAAAAUGUACACCUGGGAAAAUCUAUUUUCAAAAUGUGUAAAAUAUAUAAGAAAAAAAGAAAUUGAACACGUAAAAAUAUCAUCAUACAUCAGAGAUACUUUGACGUCGUUAGCAAUAAUUCAAACAAGAUUUCAACUAUUUAUUAGCAUUUUGUCAUACGUGUUACUAGGAAAUUAUAUUACCGUGCAAAAAAUUUUUGUCAUAACCACAUACUUCAGUAUACUAAUGCCCACAAUGACUUUUUUCUUUUGUCAAGGUCUGGGACAAAUUUCAGAAUUGAAAGUUUCAAUAAAACGCAUACAGAAUUUUUUAUUGCACGAAGAAAAAGAUGAUCAUAUUAUUGUACCAAAUCAAUCUAUUUCUGAAAAACCAAUGAUUAUAAGUCAUAAUGAAAUAACAAAGCCUGAUAAUAAUAUUACCGUCAUAAAAGAUGACAUCGGACGUUUAAAUAAUUUUUGUAUGGUCAUUUCGAAAGCUACAGCUAAGUGGACAGACAAUCAAACCAGCAAUUCUUUAGAAAACAUAUCACUAGCCGUAAGACCUGGUAGCUUGGUCGCAAUCGUUGGUACCGUAGGAGCGGGAAAAAGUUCAUUAAUUCAAGCAAUUUUACGAGAAUUACCACUUUCUGAUGGUGUCAUACAUGUGCGAGGUGUAAUUUCUUACGCGUCCCAAGAACCGUGGAUAUUCGCUGGAUCUGUUCAACAGAAUAUUGUGUUCAAUUCACCAAUGGAUAAGGAUCGUUACAAACAAGUAAUACAAGUAUGUACAUUGAAAAGUGAUUUUGAACAGUUUCCGUACGGUGAUAAAACGAUCGUGGGAGAAAGAGGAGUUACUCUAAGUGGCGGACAAAGAGUUAGAAUAAAUUUAGCUAGAGCUUUAUACAAACAAGCGGAUAUUUAUUUAUUGGAUAACCCUCUUUCAGCGGUUGACGCGAACGUUGGAAGUCAUUUAUUUGAAAUAGGCAUAAAAGGUUUCCUCAAAGAAAAAACUUGUAUUCUCGUUACUCAUCGAUUGCAAUGUUUAGCCGAUAUGGAUCAAAUUGUGGUCAUGGAAAAUGCAAACAUAUUAGCAAAGGGUACAUAUGAAGAACUUCAGGCGUCUAAUAUAGACUUAAAAAAUCAUAUUCAAUCUUUAAAGUUACCAAAUGAUGAAUAUACCAUUAGUAAUGAAAGCAUUAUAAGUUCUGAACAAAAGUCCGCUUUUGAACGCCAUGCGUCUGUGGCAAGUAUCAAAAUGUCAAUUAGUGAAAGUAAUAACAGUGAAAAUACAGCAGAGCCCACUGGAAUGAUUGAGCCCCGAACUUAUGGAAAUGUUUCAUACGUUGUCUAUUUAUUAUAUUUUUUGGCUGGUGGAAAGAAGUGCAAAAUAUUAUUCUUUACUUUUAUCUGUAUUCUCACUCAAGUAUUGUCUUCUGUGGGAGAUUUCUGGAUAACGUAUUGGGUAAGCUUAGAAGAACAUAUUUUUCAAAAUGAAAGUAGUGUGUCUACAUCAAUAUUUAAUGAUUCAUUAAGUAAUAUUUGGUGGAUGACAAUUUCUCGACAGACCUGUAUCAAUGUUUUUGGAUGUAUCACACUUUUCUUGAUUUUAAUUACGACCAUCAGAUUAAUUACAUUUGUAUCGAUUAGUAUGAGUGCUUCUAUACAUUUACACAAUAAUAUGUUUGAUACUUUAAUCAGAGCAACAAUAUACUUCUUUAAUACAAAUUUAUCAGGGUCUAUUCUUAACCGUUUUUCAAAGGACAUGGGAACUAUUGAUGAGAUGUUACCUGUAUCAUUGUUAGACUGUAUACACAAUGGAUUGAACCUUUUGGGAGUAUUGAUAGUUGUUGGAAUUAUAAAUAUAUAUCUUAUGAUUCCAGCUAUCAUAUUAGCAUUUAUUUUUUACAAAAUCACUGUUUUUUAUUUGUCAUUAUCACGGAGUGUUAAACGAUUGGAAGGAAGUACACGUAGUCCUGCAUUCACUCAUUUGAAUGCAACUAUUCAAGGUUUGACGACAAUAAGAGCAUUUAAAGCUGAAAAUAUAUUGUCAAAAGAAUUUGAUAAUCACCAGGACUUACAUUCGUCGGCGUGGUAUUUAUUUAUAACAUCAAGUAGAGCAUUUGCCUUUUGGUUGGAUUUAAUUUGCUUUAUGUAUACAAGCAUAGUUACAUUUAGCUUCAUAGUAAUCAGUAACACAACAUUUGGAGGAAAUGUUGGCCUAGCUAUUUCACAAACUUGUGGACUGGCUGGUUUGGUUCAAUUUGGCAUGCGGCAAACGGCGGAAUUAGAAAAUCAUAUGACGUCAGUUGAAAGAGUUCUGGAAUACACAAAUGCUCCACAAGAAUGUUCGUUUGAAUCAUCUACAGAUAAAUUACUUUCAUUAAAAUGGCCAUUAAAUGGAAGUAUUAUAUUCAAAAACUUCUAUUUACGAUAUAGUCCAAAAGCACCAUAUGCAAUUAAUAACCUCAAUAUUCACAUCGAAUCAAUGCAAAAAAUAGGAAUUGUUGGUAGAACAGGAGCGGGAAAGUCGUCUUUAAUUGCAGCACUAUUUAGAUUAGCUAUAAAUGAAGGUAAUAUCAUAAUCGAUGACAAAGAAAUACAUGAAUUGGGACUAAAUGUUUUGCGGUCUAAACUUUCCAUCAUUCCUCAAGAACCAGUAUUGUUCUCUGGAACAAUGCGAACAAAUUUAGAUCCGUUUAAUGAAUACUCGGAUCAUAUACUUUUAAAUGCAUUAGAUGAAGUCGAGCUUAAAGGUGUGGUAGAAAAUUUACCGAAUGGUCUUAGCACGAAAAUGUCCGAAGGUGGUUCCAAUUUCAGUAUUGGUCAAAGGCAAUUAAUAUGCCUGGCUCGAGCUAUUAUUCGAUGUAAUAAAAUUCUUAUACUGGAUGAAGCCACUGCUAACGUCGAUCCACAUACAGAUGCAUUGAUUCAAAAUACCAUCAGAUACAAAUUCCGAACAUGUACAGUCUUAACAAUUGCACACCGUUUAAACACUGUUAUGGAUUCGGACAAAGUCCUUGUUAUGGACAAAGGAAUAAUGGUCGAGUUUGACCACCCAUAUAAUUUAUUGCAAAAUAAAGAAGGAGCUUUUUACAAACUGGUGGAACAAACAGGACCGGUUACAUCGGAUGUUUUACAUAGAAUAGCUGAAGAGAGUUAUCAUUCUAUAAGUUUGGUGGCGGAACCAAAAUCCGAAUCAUUUGUCAAUGACGAAGUUGGAAUUUCAACUAAAAAUGUAUAAUAAACAUUUUCAUAGUGUCGCAUACUAUUAUAUGCCUUAACCAUGAACUUGGAUAAUCUAAAAUCAUAAUAAUAUAUAUUAUACAUUUGUAAAUUAAUUCAUAUAUUUAACUUACAAAAUAUAUAAUUGAGUUUGUAUAACUUCUUUACAUAUUAUGUUAUUAUUAUUAUUUUAAUUCAAUAUGUUUUAUCUAAUCAUUAAGUAUAAUAAGCAUAAUAUCAUCAUUGAUUUAAAUAACAUUUAACUUGUUUGAAAAAAAAAUGAAGAUUUGACACCUUCCACAA